CCUCUGGGGGGAGUCAAAGGAGGGAGUUGACCAAUUGCCAGCAGCUGUUGCUCAUUUCACAACGGUGCCGCCCAUCCGCGCUGAGGCUGGCGGAGCGGCAGCUACACAGCAGAUGAUCAGCGGCAGGAACACUGAGGAGGAAACCGCCGUGUUGAGAGACGUCCCAGAUCCUGCUGUGGGUUGAUUAGCAGAGAGAGAAACCCCAGCGGCGUCCUGAGCGGGACAGCAUCCUCCCUCAGCGUCCGUCCUCCGCCUCCUCAUGUUCCUGCGGGCGGAGCGGAGGGCAGCUGGAACUCGUGGGGAUGGCGCUGCGCAGGAGGCUGCUGCUCGGCGUGUUGACCGUCGGCUCGCUGCUCGGCGUCUACAUCCUGUGUUUCAACCUGGAGUGGAACUUCAGCUGGUCCAUGACGCCGCUCAGGCACUUCCACGGCUUCAUGCAGACCACCAGCAGUUGUGAUUGUGGUGUGGACAAAGCGGCCACACAGCGCUGCCGCCGCUCCGAUGAACAAACUCCCCCGAGUUGUUUCGCUGCAGAGACUCCUUGGAGCCUCCUGACAGACCGAACUCGAAAACCUGUGGAGCCAGCCGGCACCGACCCCCACCCAGACAGACCCACUCUGAAUCCAGCUUUAAAGACUCGCACAGCUGCUGCCGCUACUGUUAAACUGCAAGCACAAGCACAAAACGAUGCCCUGGAUCUCUCAAAGUCCAACAGCACCAGAGGCCCAACAGUUCGGCCUGCAACGCCUCCCAGACCCACAGAGCCCGCCUUUGUUGGAGAUGCUUACAUGAACGACUACAUCAAUCCAGAAACGGGCUGCAAAGACACUAUCAGGAGUCGGGUCAAAGAAACGGCAUUUGGUGAGCGUUUCCUGGAACACAUUCCAGUCCUGCAGUGGGCCAAACAUGUGACUCCUGAGCAGCACAAGCGCCUGAGCCAAUACCCAGGAACCCACGGCUGGGAGGUGAUCGACUACCAGACGCUGCAGGACACUCUGUCUGUCCUCAACUCUUCUGCUAACUGGCAGCUGCUGGACGACUGGAGGAAUCGCAACAGCAAGACAGAGUGCAGCCGUUGUGCUGUGGUGGGAAACGGAGGCAUCCUGAAGGACUCCAAGAAAGGGAAGGAGAUCGACAGUCAUCACUACGUCUUCAGAACCAACGGGGCGAUCACUAAGGGCUUCGAGGAGGACGUGGGGUCCCGGACCACCCACUACACCUUCUCCUCCAACACUUUAAUGAACUCCAUGAGGAGCUAUGGUGGCGCCGGCUACAAAGGGCCGCCUGUGUCUGAGGAAACACGAUACGUCUUCCUGCCGGAUCACGACCGGGAUUAUCUGUUGAUGAAGGCGGCGGCGACGCACACAAUGACGGCGAAGGGACCUGAAAGGGCCAAAAAGCCGACGGAUUUGUUCGGGAAGGACGUGUCGGCGGCGAAGCUUAAGAUGUAUCACCCUGAUUUCGUCCGUUAUCUCAGAAACAGGUUCCUUCGACCGCGAACCCUUCAGAGGAUCUACAACAUGUACCGUCCAUCUACGGGGUCCGUGAUGCUGCUGGCUGCUAUGCACACCUGUGACCAGGUGAGCGCAUACGGCUUCAUGACGCCCGACUACAAUAACUACUCUAACCACUACUUCGACAGCACAUAUCACAAGGUGGGCUUCUACCUCAACCACGACUUUCGGUUGGAGAUGAGUCUGUGGCAGCAGCUGCACCAGGCGGGACUCAUCCGGCUCUACAUGCGCCCAUAAACGAGGUUCGACCGGAACCGAGUCGUCCACGAGCAGAUGGGAAUGUCUGAACUGAGCUCAAAGAAAAAGUAGCAGAAGUUUUCUUUUCAUGAAGGAAACUGGAGUUGGUUUUUUUUUGUUUUAAAUGACAGCUGCUGUGAUUGUUCAGGAUGGAGGUUUAUUUUUUUUUAUUAAACUUUUUGUUUUAACUUUUGAAAAUAAUACUUAUUUAUCCUGGAGGGCGUGUUUUUGGUGAUUUGUAGGUUCAGAUGUCCAAACAAAAUUGAGCCAAAAUGGUGAGGGGAAAAAGAAAGCCCAUUAAACCCAUUCCAGCUGCAUCUGGCAUUCAUCGCAUAUAAUUAAAUAACACUACAGGAAAGUCAGAACAUCAAAAUUCUAGGAUUCAUCCUCUGAAUCCGAAGUGCAAUUCAAUUUCAUUAGAAAAAAGCUUCAGAAUCAGCAAUUUGUUACUGACGUAGUGAAAUCAACUCCUGGAUCCUGUUCUACAUUAGAGGUCAGCAAAUGGCCGAUACGGAUUACCAGUAAUCAGGGAGACAAGGAGAUGAUUGAUAUUUGGAAGCAUCUACAGCAAAAAAUGAAAGUUCAGGUGUCAAAAUGUAGAUCCCAACGCAAAGGGUUGCUUUUGUUCUACGUGUACGAUUAGAAAAUAACUUUCCAAUACUUUCUUUGUAAUGGUAAUCGUAAAAAUGCUAGAUAUCAGAUUUGAUAAUCAACCAAGCUGAUCAUCGGUUGAACAUCGGUUAUCUUAAAUAUUUCGGUACGUUAGGUUGUGAUUUGCACCAAAUAGUUGAUCAUUGUUGCAGGUAAUGAAGCUAUUUUUUUGCACCUUGAAAGAAGACAUAAUCGAAGUAUGUUUCUUGUUAGCAUAAACUGUUUUGGAGAUGUAGAAUCUCAACGUAGCUUUAUUUGGCUAGCUCUUUGUACAGUCAAACAACCCAUUUAGUAAGUUCAGAUAUUCAUGAUCCUCAGAGGAUGAAUACUUAUAAAGCUUGAUUUAUACUGAUGCCAUACUUUUGGUAAAAGAAACUGUUGAUACUUAUUAGCAACAUGAUCCAGCGUAGAGAGCUCACCGCUAACUAGCAUUGUGUAGAUGCAGUUUAAUCUCGUGUCAACAGGCCAAAGUCUUGACAAACAAUGUUUGUUUUCCAUUUUUAGCAUCUGAAAAAGUUUCGUUUUGUGCCAUUAUUGGGUCAAACCUUCAACAUAUUCAUAAACCAAAUUCCCAUCAGCCUCUACUACUGUGUGGCAUUUGGCAAGUGCUAGCAUGGGAACAUGCUAAAGCAAAGUAAAUAGUACAUCGCAGAUUAUUGGGGCUGUCAUUGUUGCAAUAUUAGCAUUCUAACAUUAGCAUUUAGCUCAACACAGUGCACUUUUGUUUCAUCAUUCAGACGGUUGAAGGAAAAUGAGCGUUUGUCUUAAUCAGAGUCUGAUGAUUCUUUCAACUGGAGGCUCAAACUUCACAAAAAUGCAAAAUCCAUAAUCUUUCUAAUCAGAAGGAGCUUUACAAUCUGUUUUUUUUUUUUGAGUCCCUUGUGGAUAUCCAAACCGUGUUCAGACCCACAAGUUGCAAAUUGUAGUUUCCAAAGAAAACUGCACAUUCACGAAAAUUCUCUUUGUUGUUGACUGAGAACGUGUUGCUCAAGUGCCAAAAAUCCAAAAUAUCUGGACAGUUAUCAAAGAGGAAGAAGGUGGUGCUCCGUUUAAAACUGUAACUAUCAUAUAACAAUAAUGAUGAAAGUGAGGAAUACUUUGAUUUUAAAGGGAGAGCAAAAUGAAAAACUGUUAAAACAUUUAGAUAAACACAGUGAAACUUAAUUUUAAUUAAAGUUGCAUUUCAUGAAGCAUUGCAGCUCAGAACUGAAACUGUUCUGUCGUUUCUCAUUGAGCCUUUUGUUUGAACAGUUGGUGUUAAAGUGGAAAUUUCCCACUAUAAAGAUGUUAUUUGUCACCUCAGCAGACAGACUUCGAACUCUGCUGCUGGUCUCGUUUCCUUUCACCCACAGUUAAAGCCUACAAAUCACCAGGAUCAUGUUUACUGCCGGACUUUGGGGCGUCUCGUACAAUCAGCCUUCUGGUUCUUUUCUGUAAUUGUGCAACUCGGUGCGCUGACAAGGGACAAGACUGUAAUUGAGUUGGCCGCUCGCUUAAAAUAUCCUGCGUCGCCACCCUGAAUAGACCCUAAAUAGACGGUCAGAGCACUGCUGGCAGUGGCCGAGUUCUAUUCUGACUCAUGUUUUCUGUCUGAUUUACUGUGGAAGGGGGAAGAAACGCCGACUGUGACUUUAAAAGUCGGCGGUGGGGAAUAUUUGUCUUUACUUUAAGGGACUUAACUUAUUAUUGUCUGUCGAAGCACAUGUUUGUUUUCUGUUUUUACAAGUUGCCACACUGUGACCAUCCCGACACUGUGUGGGCUCUACUGGACUUUUCAGUGCCUUUAAUGUGAAUCGGCGGUUUCCAAGGCAACGCAAGCAAACACCGGCGGCCCUCCGUUUGAAUCCACCGCCACACCUGGACUCCUCUGAGCCGCCACGACGAUGAGUCACUGAGAUUUACUGUCGAAUCCUCCAGAACACGGGGCGUUGAACAUUUUUUUAUCGUGUGACGACGAACCAAACAAACCAAAUAAAGACACGCAGCAAAUCAGGGAAUAUUUAAACUAACUUUUUGUGGUGUAUCGAAUCAUAUCCUGACAGUGAUCCAGUCAUCUGAAACACUGGGUGGCGUUUAAACAGACUUUAUCAGGGGAAGGGGGGGGGGGGCCUUUUUAUAGUGCAAUUUCUGACUCUGAUUUUCAAAUUAUGUAUUAAAAGAAAACUGUGAUUUUA